AUGGAGGAACGCGUUCUUAACGUCGAGUUGGUGGAGGGGCCAGUCCCGGGCAACAGCGAGAUCAAGGACAGUGCGAAUUGUCGUUGGUUUAAUGACAGCGCUGAAUGGGCUGGUGGGGGAGGAGCAGGUUGUGGAGGACCCGGUGGUGACGGAGGCACCAAAGGAGAAGGAGGCGUUGGUGGUGACGGAGGUAUCGGGGGUAACGGAGGUACCGGAGGUGACGAAGGUACUGGAGGUGACGGAGACACCGGGAGUGACAGAGGAGGAGAUGGUGGAAUUGCAGGAGGUGGUGGAGGAGGUAAUAUAGGUAAAGAGAGAGAAGUAGGUCUUGUUGUUCCAGGUAUAGCAUUAGACGGGACAGUGAUAACAGGAGUAGAAGUAGAGGAUGUAGUGGAGUAUGGGAAAAUUGAAAAUUGA